AUGUCAUCCCAAGAAGUCCCAAUUCCGAAUGGCCCGGAACGUCAGCGAAUCCUGAAUGUGCUCGCCCAGCGACGAUACCGCCAACGUAAGCGAGAGCGGCUCCAGUCUUUGGAAAAGAGACUCGACGCUCGAUUGGGAAGUGCUAACACAGUGUAUCCUUCCGGUCGGAAAGUACAGCUGAAUCAUCCAAUCCAGACUCCGCUGUCGGUACCUAGCAACCCAGCGGCCACCAUCGAUGCUUUGUAUGUUAAUUGCCCGGACUUUUCAUACGGAGAUUCUAGAGCGUCUUGCAACACUCCACAAAGCGUCCCGUCAAUGUCAAAUUCCAUAUCCCUAGCCGAACUUCAAGAUCUUGAAACCUCUCAAUUCACAUUCCCAACAGAACACGCAAUCGAGAUCCCAAGUCUCCAAACCAUGGAAGCCUCACUUCGAAUCGCAAACCUCCUCGGACUCGCAGACGACUUCUUUGAUCUCACUGUAACCCGCGUCCUCGAUGUCUCAAAACUCCAAGUCCCGAUUGACCAAUUACCAGAACACUUACGUCCCACAACAGCACAACUUCUCUUACCGCAUUAUCCAGCAAUAGACGUGCUGCCGUGGCCUGCGGUAAGAACGAAACUUAUUGGUCUUUUCAGCCAGCCUGAUCAGCUUAGACCGCCUGUCGCGAGAGGUCCGAUGGCGAUGAUGCGGCUGAUUCAUGCUUUUGAUGAUGAGGCGGAGGGACUGCGUAUUAAGGUUGAUACGCCGGGUGGGGAGUAUGAUGAAAAUUCUUGGGAAAUAGGACAGGCUGUUUUCAAAGAUUGGUGGUGGGUGCUGGAUGAUGGGAUUGUGGCGAAUUCGAAUCGACUGAGGUACUCGAGAGGAGCCUCGAAGUUGCAUCUCUAA